UAGCUAGCCUAUCUAGCAGACAUUCAUCGUUAGCUACACGGUCUGGUGCACACAGCUUAUCGGCAAGCCUCAGGAUAAUUGUACGCUCCAAACAUUCAGGAAUGAAAUUCAGUGAUACACGAUGAAGGUGAUAGCGGCGGGUUUCCUAAAACUGGAACGAAAUCUGUUUGCACGGCGCUGCGAAUUUUGGGAUAUACUGUCUAUGAUUUCGAAGAAAACGCUACCUAUUUAGCCGAUGAAUGGGCUCAGGUUUUACAUCAUGGAUGGACAACAGAACAUUUUCGGAAAAUGUAUAAAGAUAUUGACGCUGUAACUGACUUCCCGGCGUGUUGUUUCUGGGAAGAAAUCUAUAAAGCUUUUCCAGAUUCAAAGAUUAUUUUAAUGAUCAGAGAUGAUGAAGAAUCCUGGUUCAUGAGUGCAGCAAAUCAAAUACGAGAGAGUGAGAGCAAGAUAAUCGCGCGACUAUUCACUUUGAUAUCUCCAACAGGAAGUAGAAUGAUGGUCAAUUUUAAAAAUUAUGGUAGAAUUGCUUUUGGGAUAAAUGAUUCAUUUUUAUGGAAGCCAUUUAGUCUGUCGUAUCUGAAUGAACAGCUGAUGAAAUUGAAAUACAGGGCUCAUAACGCAUAUGUUUUGCAGAAUGCUCCUCCGGAAGAGCUUCUCGUAUUCAAGUGUUCAGAAGGAUGGGAACCUUUGUGCAAGUUUCUAGAUGUUCCGGUGCCUGAUUUGCCGUUCCCGCACAAAAACAAAGGGUUGGGCUCGACGGAUAACGAAAAUAUUGCUCUUCGGAGAAAUCACCGCGAACUAGAAUUGCUUUGCAGAAAACAGAAAAUGCUCGGAAUUGAAAAAGAAUAUGUAAUGAAAAUCAUUGACCUGAACUCAAAAAGUACACAGGUAAAUUAUAGAAGACUGACAAAAAAGGUGAGUCGUAUCAAGUCUCAUUUAACUGAAGAUGAAAUAAAAGAGAUGGAGAACGACGUUAUGAAAAAAGAAUUUGCAGACAAAUAUAGAAAGAUUUUGCAUCAGACAAUGGAUGACCCAGUACAAGAAACUGGAAAAAUCGAGAAGAAUGGGAAAGAAAACGAUGAGGUAGAUAAAGAUGAUUCAGUUCUCCCAACGGUCGCCGAACAAGAUGAAACGGACAUUUCUGAAAAAGUUUACCAAACUUCAACUGAGAGAGGGAGGAAAAAUUACAGUCAAACUUCGCAAGGUCAAAGAACAUCGUCAAGCAAUGAUUUGUUUAACAAAAAUGAUACAAAAAGACCUAAAACCUGUCCAAAUUUGGGAGAGAAACCAGGAGACGAAGAUCCUGAUUCGGCCGAUUUGGAGGAAAUAAUACCCAGCCUUGAAAGUCUUCUCGAUCAGUUGCACAAUGUAAAGCCUCAACAAUUUUACGAAAAUCAAAGAAAACUUAAACUCUAUGAUAUUCGAUUAUUACAUGAAGAAUUAGAAGCAAAAAAGAAAACACUUUUUCGCAAUGUAGAUGCGAUCAUUAAUUGGGAUAAGAAGAAAGAUGAAGCAGCGGAAGAAGAAGAAGCGAGGAGAAAACAGGAAGAAGAAGAAAAUAAGAAACCAAAGAAGAGAAGAACAACAUUCAUGAGAUCAGUUUUACGAAACUUUUCCAUGGAACUUAUGAUGAAGACAAUGCAGCAUGGCUGGACGGACUUGGGGAAAUGCAGGUAUCUGCGUAAAAGACCAGGCGAUGAUGACGAAGGAGAGGGCACUAAUACAUUAGCAGCAGAAAUGAGAAUUAAGAUAUCACAUGAUGUAGAUGAAGAGAAUCCUCCUCCCCCUCGUCCUAAAAUUGAACCAGGAUUUGGGCCGGAUGGGAAAAUGAUUAGAACGGCGGAUUUGUUGGGUCUCAAGUCAUACGAUUAGCAAUAAGAACUAAACUAAAUUAGAUUAUGAUAGUUAGAGCAAGAUCUAAUCAUUCGACACAUAGUUUAUGUACUUUUAUAGUCUCAAAUUGUCCCUAUUAUUGCAGAGGUAUGAAGAUUUUCCCAGGAUACACUAACAUUAGUACAAUUUUGAAUUCAAAAUUUCAUUUUUUUUUCCGGCAUUAUAUUGA